AUGGCGAUGCAGUGGCAGCUUGGAUCUUCGGUGCACAGAGUUCUCACAUUUGGAUUGUUCGGUGGAAAAGAGGAAUGUCAGACAUUUCGGAGACUCCACCCAGCUAACCCCCAAUUUGACACUACAGCAGUACUUGACUCCAAACAUAAAGAAUGGAGAGCGAAAUGCAUGGCAGCCGUGGGCCUGGAAUCGGAGAAGACAUACUUUGGGGGUGCCUACAAGGAACACCUGGCAGUUUCGGUGAUGUCUCAGAGGUGUUAUGAUGCCGCGGUAAACAUCAUGACACAGUAUCGACAUAAUCAACUCCCGAAACAGACAGCAAAGGCCGUCAACAGGGCGUUGUUUAAAGAAAUACCUGGAACACGGGACGAGGAAGCCUUGUACCAGAAAUUGAUUGACUUCAGGGAUGGAAGGACCGGAAAAGAGAACUUUAACCGGACUUUAAAAAAAUAA